CGAAGACCACCGAUGACAUGUACACCACAGACUUCUCUGGCAAAAACUACUUCCAGUUCCUCCACGUGUCCAAGGGCUUGGUGGUCGUCUACGUGAGGAACGAGAAUGGCGACAGCGUCACGGAAGUGACAGAAGCUUUCGGGAAGGGGCCGCUGACACCUGAGCAGUUCGCCACCUACUCCCAGCUCACGGGCGCCAAGGGUGUCCCGGUGUCGAGCAUGCAGUCUAUCCCCGACCAAGACACCUGCCCGCCGUGACAGCGUCCCCGGGCUGCAAGACGGUGCAGGCACCGGACGGCCACCAGCAGCCUGUCCGGGCGCCGGGAUCACCCGU